AUGUCGGCCAAACCGAUCCGUGAGUUUGAUGGGAAGCACCUCCUGGCGUACUGGCUUCCCCGCCUGUCGCAUCCUUCGCAGGGUAUUGGUGCCACCACCGGCUCUGCCACAUCACCAGCGACGUCGAACGGAGAGCACUCAGUCAAGUCCAACGGCAAAGCCAGCCUCCCCAGUCCCACCGCAACUUCUCCCACCAACCCCGCCGCCACUUUCCUCGCUCCCAACCGCAUGGUCCACCUCGCAUUCGACACCUCCCUCCUCGUAAAUGAGCAGCAAUUCCAGAACCACGUACUGGAAGUCUUCGACAUCGCCGAAAAGGAGAAUCCUUGGGUUCUUUCGCAAAAGCUUGUCUGCAAGCCUGACCAACUGAUCAAGCGUAGGGGGAAGAACGGACUCUUGGGCAUCAACCUGGACUGGGCAGGUGUGAAGGAGUGGAUCUCCAAGCGUGCAGGGAAGCCCUUCAAACUCGAGAAGACGGAGGGCCUCCUACACACUUUCCUUGUCGAGCCCCUUUGCAUCCAUCCGCAAGACUCGGAAUACUACGUUGCGAUCAACUCGGUUCGUGAAGGUGACUGGAUCCUUUUCACGCACGAGGGAGGUGUUGAUGUCGGAGACGUCGACGCCAAGGCCCGAAAGUUCCUGGUGCAGGUCGACCAGCCUUUCCCCGAACCGAGCGUUAUCGAAAAGGCUCUCCUCUUCGACGUGAAAUCCGCCACUCAAAAGGCCACUCUGGUUGAGUUCAUCACACGCCUGUAUGCCGUCUACUCCGAGCUGCAGUUUACCUACCUCGAAAUCAACCCUCUCGUUGUCCUCGACUCGCCCAACGGCACAGGUCCUGCACAAGUCUUCUACCUCGAUCUCGCGGCGAAGCUGGACCAAACCGCUGAGUUCGAGUGCGGAAAGUACUGGGCGAUGGCACGGAAAAACGCAUACCGCACCACCGUUUCUGGGCCUUCCCACGGUCCCGCCAUGGAGUUCCCGGCACCGUUCGGCAGGGAGCUAACGAAGGAAGAGGCCUACAUUGCUGACCUUGACGCGAAGACGGGGGCCUCCCUGAAGCUCACGGUUCUCAACCCGACUGGUCGCAUUUGGACGAUGGUUGCUGGAGGUGGUGCUUCCGUGGUCUACUCCGAUGCCAUCGCAGCACUUGGCUACGCACACGAGCUCGCCAACUACGGAGAGUAUUCUGGCGCUCCUUCGGAAUCGCAAACCUAUGAGUACGGCAAAACCAUCCUCGACCUCAUGACGCGUGGUAACCCGCAUCCCGAGGGCAAGUUCCUCUUCAUCGGAGGAGGAAUUGCCAACUUCACCAACGUCGCCGCCACAUUCAAGGGAAUCAUCCGCGCCAUGAAGGAAUACCAACGACCUUUGCAAGAGCACCACGUUCGCGUUUUCGUCCGACGUGCCGGCCCGAACUACCAAGAAGGUCUUCGCAUGAUGCGCAACCUCGGCGAGAAUCUCGGUGUCGAGAUCAACGUUUUUGGUCCUGAAAUGCACGUCACCGGUAUUGUGCCCUUGGCUUUGAAGGGAGGUGAUGUUGCCAAGGCUCUCAACGGACACGCCAAUGCUUCUACCGGUUUGUUGGACGGUGCGCAGCCUUCUUCCGGUGCUCAGGCUACCAACGAUCCAAGCCACGGUGCGCAGACUGUUCAAGAGGACACAACGUUGCCGGCCGGGGUUGUACCUUUCACGUCCAGGACCCGCGCUUUCAUCUACGGGAUGCAGCCUCGCGCCGUGCAAGGCAUGCUGGACUUUGACUUCAUGUGCAACCGCAAGGAGCCUUCCGUCGCCUGCAUGAUCUACCCGUUCGGUGGUCACCACGUGCAAAAAUUCUACUGGGGCACCAAGGAGAUGCUCAUCCCCGUCUACACUACCGUACAAGAGGCCGUCGACCGUUUCCCGGGAGUUGAUGUCGUCGUCAACUUUGCGUCCUGCCGAAGUGUGUACGAAUCGACAACUCAGCUUCUGUCGUUCCCCGCUAUCCGCACCAUCGCUAUCAUUGCCGAGGGUGUACCAGAGAAGCGCGCACGCGCUCUCCUCCACGAAGCUACCCAGAGAAACGUUCUUCUAAUCGGUCCCGCCACUGUCGGUGGUAUCAAACCUGGAUGCUUCAAGAUCGGCAACACCGGUGGAAUGAUGGACAACAUUGUAUCUUCGAAACUCUACCGACCGGGAUCCGUUGCGUACGUCUCGAAGUCUGGCGGUAUGUCCAACGAGCUCAACAACAUUGUCUCACGCGCUACCGAUGGCGUAUACGAGGGAGUUGCUAUUGGAGGAGACCGAUACCCGGGUUCCACCUUCAUCGACCACAUGCUUCGUUAUGAGAAGGACCCCAACGCCAAGAUCCUCGUUCUUCUUGGAGAGGUCGGUGGGGUGGAAGAAUACCACAUCGCAAGAGCUGUGAAGGAGGGCCGCAUCACCAAGCCCGUCGUCGCUUGGUGUAUCGGUACCUGCGCCAAGAUGUUCACCACCGACGUGCAAUUCGGCCACGCCGGCAGUUUCGCGAACUCGGACGUUGAAACCGCAGAGGCGAAGAACCGCGCGCUCAAGGCUGCUGGUGUCAUCGUCCCCGACACCUUCGAAGAUCUCCCAGCAGCUCUCGAAGAAGUUUACCGCAAAUUGACUUCCAACAAGACCAUCGUCCCCCGAGCAGAGCCCCCUGUUCCCAAGAUUCCCAUCGACUACUCUUGGGCGCAGGAACUCGGUCUCAUCCGCAAACCUGCAUCCUUCAUCUCGACCAUCUGCGAUGACCGUGGCCAAGAACUUCUCUACGCAGGCAUGGCCAUCAGCGAAGUAUUCAAGGAGGACAUUGGCAUCGGAGGCGUCCUCAGUUUGCUCUGGUUCAAGCGUCGGUUGCCCAGCUACGCCGCCAAGUUCAUUGAGAUGGUUCUUAUGCUGACAGCCGACCACGGACCCGCUGUUUCUGGAGCGCACAACACCAUCGUUACAGCUCGUGCCGGCAAAGACCUCAUCUCCUCUCUCGUUGCCGGUCUGCUCACCAUCGGCGAUCGUUUCGGUGGAGCUCUGGAUGGCGCCGCGAGGGACUUCUCCACAGCCUAUGACUCCAACCUGGCGCCUUCAGAGUUUGUGACUGCCAAGCGGAAGGCCAACCAGCUCAUCUUGGGUAUCGGCCACAAGAUCAAGUCGAGGACGAACCCCGAUCUCCGCGUGGAAAUUGUAAAGGACUUUGUGCUGAACAACUUCCCCAACACCGAAAUCUUCCGUUACGCCCUCGAGGUCGAGAAAUUUACGACCGCGAAGAAGGACAAUCUGAUUCUCAAUGUUGAUGGCGCAGUCGGGGUGGCCUUCGUUGAUCUCUUGAGGGGAUGCGGCGCUUUCAGCAGGGAAGAGGCCGAGGAGUACAUCAAGAUCGGUACUUUGAACGGUCUCUUCGUCCUUGGCCGCUCUAUCGGUUUCAUCGGACAUUACCUUGACCAGAAGCGUCUCAAGCAAGGAUUGUACCGCCACCCUUGGGACGAUAUCUCGUACUUGACUCCCGAGACCUCUGGUUUUGGCAGCCAUGAACGCACAUUAGCAGAAGGCAGUGUAGUUAUGGAGCGCGGCGCCCAGCGGAACUGAUACCAGCAUGGGUUACGCCCUCGCCAUUUUCCUGCAAACGUUCUCGUUCCAUGGGCUUAGAUCCUCCUAACAUAGAUUUUUCUCCAACAAUUCCGCGCAUUUACCCCGCUGCAGUCAUCGUAGUUUCUUCCACCUUGCCCAUUUCUGUAGUAUUUUGCCAUCAUAUGCGAGCGACCCAAAUUUUGUUCAAUGUCUCUCAUUCGAAAUUAAUUCAUCCCAACUAUAGCUCAUGCCCGCUGCUACCGCCGUUUGGCAAUUUCAAUGGCAACCAAUUGGCGUUCCGACUGGUGUGCUCUACGAUAUCGGGGCGGAAAACAUGGCGGUAAUUGACAGUCCAUUCCCCACGACCACGUCGGGCAAUCCAAUUCCAGUUGAGGAAAGAUAUGGUACCAUCAAACAUUUCCA